CAAAGGAUCAAAGCAUCUCUCUCCUCAUCUUUCUUCUUGAAUUUUCUUUGCAAAAUUAAGAAAAAUAAUAAAAAUCCGAAUUCCACAAUGGAUCGAGCUUUCCAAAGAACUCAGAUUCUAACAAACCAUCUCCUCCGAUCGUCCCCGCCGCCGUCGCCCCUUUCUUCCAACGCUUGUUUAAGUUACUCUCCACCGGAACUUUCUGAAAACCAUGCAUUCGACGUCAAGGAGAUGAGGAAGCUUAUAGACGGGCACGACGUGGAGGAACGGGAUUGGCUGUUCGGGUUGAUGAGACAAAGCAAGUUGUUCAACCCGAGAGUGAGGGGAGGGAAGGUGUUCGUGUCGCCGGAUUAUAACCAUUCGAUGGAGCAGCAGAGGGAGAUGACGUGGAAAAGAAUCGAGUAUUUUCUCGAGAGAGGGGUGUUCAAAGGGUGGUUGACCGAGGAAGGAGAAGAGAUCGAGAUGAGGAAAUUCGCUGGAUUCGAGGUUUCGAGCGUCUACGAUCAUUCACUCUUCACUAAGCUCGGUGUUCAUUUCUUCUUGUGGGGAGGCGCCAUCAAAUUUCUGGGUACAAAACACCAUCAUGAGAAGUGGCUUAGGGAUAGUGAAAAUUACUUGAUCAAGGGUUGCUUCGCAAUGACGGAAUUGGGGCAUGGAAGUAAUGUUCGCGGUGUUGAAACCAUAACGACGUACGAUUCGAACACGGGGGAGUUUGUCAUUAAUACUCCUUGUGAAUCAGCUCAGAAGUAUUGGAUUGGUGGGGCAGCCAAUCAUGCGACGCAUACAGUUUUGUUUUCACAGCUAUAUGUCAAUGGAAGCAAUCAAGGGGUUCAUGCAUUUAUAGUCCAAAUCCGGGAUGCUGAUGGUAACAUAUGUCCAAACAUUCGUAUUGCUGACUGUGGUCACAAAAUCGGUUUAAAUGGUGUCGAUAACGGUCGAAUCUGGUUUGACAAUGUUAGAGUGCCUAGAGAGAACUUGUUGAAUUCUGUUGCUGAUGUUUCACCUGAUGGAAAAUACCUAAGUUCGAUCGAAAACCCUGAUCAGAGAUUUGCUGCUUUCAUGGCCCCUCUGACAGUAGGUCGUGUUAAUAUAGCAUGUACUUCAGUUUACCAAUCAAAGGUUGCUUUAGCAAUUGCCAUUAGGUAUGCACUAACGAGGCGCGCUUUUUCUCUCAAACCGAAUGAACCCGAGGUCUUAUUGCUCGAUUACCCGAGUCAUCAAGGACGACUCAUCCCGCUGGUUGCAAAGACCUAUGCUAUGAGUUUCGCAGCAAAUUACUUGAAAAUGCUGUAUGUGAAGAGGACGCCUGAUUCAAACAAAACCAUUCAUAUAGUUUCGAGUUCAUUCAAAGCAACGUUUACUUGGAAUAACAUGCAAAUACUUCAGGAAUGCCGUGAAGCCUGUGGAGGACAAGGAUUGAAGACCGAGAAUCGUGUCGGUCAUUUGAAAGGCGAAUACGAUGUGCAAUCGACUUUCGAGGGCGACAACAAUAUUCUAAUGCAGCAGGUCAGCAAGGCUCUUUUUUCUGAAUACAUGGCAGCUCAGAAAAGAAACAAGGCUUUCAAGGGUCUUGGCUUAGAACACAUGAAUAAACCCUGCCCCGUCAUCCCAUCACAGCUUACUAGCUCUACCCUCCGAUGCAGUCAGUUCCAGAUGGAUGCAUUGUGCUUAAGGGAGAGAGAUCUUUUGAAUCGUCUCGUUGCGGAUGUCUCGAAAUGUAAAUCUGAAGGAGAAAGUACCCAGCAGGCCUUCCUCAUGUGUUAUCAGCUAGCAGAGGAUUUGAGCAGAGCUUUCUCGGAUCGAGCAAUGUUUCAAACAUUUAUCGAGGCAGAAGCAAAUCUACCUGCUGGUUCAUUGAAGGAUGUACUAGGUACGUUGAGAUCGUUAUACGCCUUGAUUUGUCUUGAAGAUGUUUCGUAUGUUCGAUAUGGGUACCUAUCGGUCGAAAAUGGUGCGAGUGUGAGGCAAGAAAUAACCGAAAUCUGCAGCGAACUUCGACCACAUGCGCUUGCUUUGAUCACUUCCUUCGGCAUCCCCGACGCUUUUCUAAGCCCUAUAGCUUUUAACUGGAUCGAGGCAAACUCCUGGUCUUCGGUAUAAGCUCCAGUAAACUUAUGCAUUUCAUCGUUAGAACGAUGAUGAAUUUCACCGAUGUUUAACAUCUGUUGGUU